AUGGGUCUGGUGGCCUCCGCCGACAGCGUUGUGGUUGCCAGUGGUUGGACUGCACCGACUCCACGGUGCUGGGACCCGAGCCUACCUUCGGGACAGGAGCUGGAGGUCUCGUGCUGCCGGCAACAGGCAGACUGUGCCGCUCCCGCAUUUGCGCCCUUGCGGGCGGCCUGCUGUGGUGAGCUGCGACAGGGCGUGCAGCGUUUCAGCGCAGAGUGGGACCAGCUCGAGCUGGGUAUCGAACACGCUUCGGAGGAGCUGAUUGGAAUUGUGGAGGCCACAAGUGCCUCCAGAUGCGAGGAGCAGGAGAACUGCCGAGCAGAUUUCUUUCUGUAUGCCGCGGAGGUUGCAACGUCUUCUUCCCUGGCGAGGGUUUUCCAGCUUGGCUGGUCGGACCUCACUGACGAGGGUGAGUUUGCCCUGCAGGACUGGCGUAUCACCUUGCUUCAGACAUGCUUGACGCUGCUGUCAGCUUGGCACCCCUUGGCGCAGAAGGCGCGAGAGCUCUUCUCCGAGGCUGCGGGGCAGUGGUGGCAGGCGGUGCAGCAACGCUCGGCAGCGCGUUGGACAGCGGCCUCGCUGUCGACGUUGAUCCCUUCACGGAUCCUGCACAUUGCAAUGGUGGCUUCCGUCGGCGCCCCUCCCUUCGGACGAAAAGCGCUGGCGGGUAUUCGUUCGGCGCUCUUCUUCGCCAGUUGCCCGUUGCGCUUCCACCUGAUGGUCGACCAAAGCGGUGAGGCCGACGUGCAGACGGCUCUGGCCUCCCUUGAGCCCUGGCUUCUCUCUCGAGGCUCCUUUCGCCUCUAUCGGGUCGAAGAGCUUCACGCUGCGUGGUCGGAGAUCCGCGCCCUCGUCCCCGAGAGCUGCUUGCAGUACAGCAGCCACUACGGGAGCGCAGGAUGGCUUCGGGUGUUCCCGCAUCUGGUGAUCCCGGAAGCGGAGGCCGUGGAGGAGCUGGUCUGGGUGGAUGCAGGAGAUUUCAUCUUUCUGGACGACCCGGCAGAGCUCGCGAAGGAAUGCGACGCGUUCCAUGAGGACCACUUGAUUGGUGUGGCAGAUCCGCAAGUCUUGGGGCUUCCCUUGCAGCUGUUUCUGCUUCCGCGGCUGCGAGAGCGGGCACAUCUCUGGGCGGAGCUGGUGACAGGAGCCGUGCUGCGUGGAUAUGCAGAGAAGGGUGAUGGCUUUUGCAAUCUCGGUGAGGGACUGGCCUUUGUCUACCUCUUGAACAACACCGAGCACAGUUGGAUGUACCACCUCCUUCCUCAUCGCUGGACAUACAUGCCUUGGGCUGUCUGGCUGCCGGCCCGUGGCACGGGAAGCAUAUGGGCUUCGCAAGAGCUUCUUUGGCGGCUGCCUGCGGACUCGGUGUGGCGCGAUUCUGUGUUUCCAGGUCUUCUGGACUUCAUGGCAAUCCGCGUGAGAUGCGCGAGCUUCCUUGAAGAUAUUGCAAGCUACAUCCGAGCAGCCAUGGAAUGGGACUUGCAAUCAAUCAGUGCAGAUAAUGGGCGGAAGCACUUUCGCUUGACGCAGGAUGCGCAGAUCGUGGAUGAGUUCCAACAGAGCUUGGCAUGCGAAGAACGCGCCUCUGCAGUCCACUUCGCCGUGCUCUUCCACCAGGUGCCCUGGGUCCACCGCUUUCUCAAUUUCUGGGCCGGCGCUGAGGCCUCCGUCCUUCAGCGCCGGGGUGAGAAGCAUCGGAAGCUCGGCGACCUCCAGAAGGCACUGGCAGACUUCAAUGCCGCCCUUGCAGUUGAUGAGCACUUUGCCGGGGCCUUGAUUGCAACUGUUGUGAUAACAAGGCCCUGGCGCUGGCGGGUCGUGGCUCCGUCUUUCGGUCACAAGGGCACCUGCCACAGCUCCAUGCUUCCGCCCUGGCUGCUUGCUGCGUGCGCCGUGCCGAUUGUGCUGGUAUUGUACAAGUCCAUAGACGACGGCAUUUUCACUGGAUCCACGGCUGCCGAAGAUGAGAAGCUGCGAGCUUACUUGGAGAAGCUCGAGGCAGCGAAUGACAUGGCCGAAGUGUUCUUGAAUCAGAUGUGGGACCGUGCACUCGAAGCACCGGUUGAAGCAACCGCGGGCCUCACGAACUUCACUGUGAUCACAGUAGACACAGACAAGCCACGUGACUUUGCAAUGCUGGGUCCUGGAAAUGUCGCUGUUAUCAAUGCGGGCGCGGGCCAGAUGUGGGAUUCCUGGUAUGACAAGCCCCGCCUCUACCAGAAGUAUCUGAAGAAGUUCGCUGUUGACUUUCCCGAUCGCAUCGUGAUUCUCGCUGACGGCUACGAUACAAUUUUCGGCGGCUGCUCUGAUGAUCAGCUGCUGGCAUCUUUCCGGAAGAUUCUCGAUGUCAGCCAGGCAAAAGUGGUGUGGGGUGCUGAAAACUGCUGCUUUCCAUGGAGCGACGCCUGCAACUGGUACAGAAACUUCACUCAGCGGCAAGCUUCUUCGCUUCAGGCUUUCGGCAUCACAGAAUCGUAUGGAACCUACGGAGACUGCAGGCGAUGCCGGGACCUGGAAAUUCCAGGAUAUGACUCCUUCUGCUCAUCGCCACCGACAUACCAGCACUUGAACAGUGGCUUUCUGAUGGGAGAGGCCUCGCAUGUGCUUUCCGCUGUGAACCUUUGGGUCAAGCUGUACAGCAACUUCAACGAGACUGACCCAGAUCAGCUGGUGGCAAGCGAGGCCUUGUUCAAUCAGCCGGACUUGAUGACUUUGGACUACUCUGGACGGCUAGUAUUGACGAUCGGCAACAUAGCCUUGGACGACUUCGACAAGGCAGUCAGCUUGGAGCCCAAUAGCGCACAGGUUCGAAUCGCUCGCGCUAUAGCUCUUCGAGACCAGGGCGAGAUGGAGAAGGCUCUGAGAACCCUCAACGAGGACAUGGAUCCACUGUUCGAGAAGUUUAUGCCCAUCUUUGACCAAGAUGUGAAGGAGUUCUUGCAGCAAGGCGAAACGCACGAGCAGUAUGCCGCGUACCGCGAGUACGUUGCGAGUCUCGAGGAGCACGCCUCCGACUUUGCUCUGCAAGAGGGGUACAGCCCCGGGGAUGCUGGAAGCUUCCUUUCCGAGCUGCAGCGGGCCAUCGAAGAAGACAAGGUCCGGGCGGAGAAGCAAGUCGAGGCGUUCUUGGUGCACAUGGAGCAGCAACGGCGCAUGAGACUGGGACCCGAAGCACCUCCAAUGGAACAAGGGGAGGUCGAUCUGAUGAAGGCGCUCUUCCGACCUCAGACCGUGGAGGACAUGAUGGAGAUGCUUCUUCACAUGACGGAGUACACCUCCUUCAGCAGCCUCAUGCGGGCUAAAGUCCAGCAGAAGAAGUUCAUCCGCGAGAUGGAACGCCGCAAGCAGGAUGCGAAAGCGUGGGCCGGGGUUGCAGUAAAUCUAUGGACAUGUCGUGGAACUCGCACAAGUCACAUAACCUUCUGCUGGAAUGUGCAAUGGCGUACAUUGCCAUUCUUUCGCCCGAGGUAUUGA